CGGAGGACAUUUGUAAUAAAAAUACAAUUUGGUUAGUGACAUAGACAAGGAUCCAUAAUAAAAAUUUGGCUCAUCAUACUACAAAACUGUUGUGUGUGUUCUAAAUAAACAUAUUUGAUUUGAUUGUUUACAUUUUGAACGGAAUUACUUGAAUUUGUUUUGCUUUUUGGUCAAGUUAAAUGACAUUGAAUCAUGUAUUGUGUAUUUUGACUUACGUGUGUGUUUCACUCAGAAAAUCCUUGAUUCAAGGUAGGACAUUACACAAAAAAGAAAUUUUUUAAACAGUUGUCACUUUGUUCGAAACUGCAAAAUAAUCAAUUUUCAUACUCGUGGGACUUUCGUUGAAACUAAAAAAAAAAUGGGUCAUCUGAAAUAAUAGUGUAAUGGAUGAAGCAAUGAAAGAUUGUGACAACGAUCUCCAACAGCGUGGAGCAUCGUACAAAUAUCCAUUGAGUCCAUUGACAAGUGAUAUUGAUGGUCUAUGUGUGCCCUUCACACCGUUACGUGGUGAAUCCGUAUCAUUAUUAGGUGUAUCAGCUGAUGGUUUACUUGCAUUAACCAAUUAUCGGUUAUAUAUUGAAAAUUUAGGUGUUGUCUACAAUAUUCCACUUGGUUUAAUUGAUAUUUGUGAAGUACGUGAUAUUUUUUAUCUACAUAUUCAGUGCAAGGAGGCUAGAACUGUUAGGUGUACAUUUUCUACAAACGAACAAUGUAUGGAGUGGUUUAAACGAUUAAAUCGUGUUACCCAAACACCCUCUUCAUUACACGACUUAUUUGCAUUCGCAUUUUAUGCAUGGACCACGGAAAUUGGUGAUGUUGAUAUCAUUUCACGUUUAAAAGGUGAAAUACCGCUAACAUGUGAACAAUUAUUUAAAAAAGAAGUCGAACGUUUAAGGUUUGAUACACACGGAGCAUGGCGUAUUACACAAGCGAAUAGUAACUACCGCCUAUGUCCAUCUUAUCCGCCAUUAUUGUUAGUACCAGCAUGUAUUACUGAUGAAACAUUGGAAAUGGUUGCACGAUUCCGUAGUUCGAGGCGUAUACCAGUUAUUGUAUGGAGACAUACUGGUAAUGGUGCAGUAAUUGCACGUUGUAGUCAACCAGAAGUCGGUUGGUUAGGUUGGCGUUCUGGUGAAGAUGAAGAUCUAUUAAAAGCAAUGGCGGACGCAUGUACUUUUGAUCGUGGUGCUCAAUCAAUGCUAGAUGUACAUUUAUCAUUAGAUUCAUCACCACAUUCAUUGACAAGCAACAUAGAAGAUAAUUUAUCACCAUUAAAUACAAUCACAACUAAUCAUUCAAAUACUACUACGUCAUCAUCUCCAACAACAACUACAACUAGUGGAACACUCUCUGAAGGAAAAAAAGUGUUAAUUAUGGACGCACGCUCGUACACAACAGCUGUAGCAAAUCGUGCACGUGGUGGAGGCUGCGAAUGUCCUGAAUACUAUCCAAGUUGUGACAUAGAAUUUAUGAAUUUAGCAAAUAUACAUUCGAUUCGUAAAAGUUUCCAAGCAAUGCGACAGUUAUGUGCAUCACCAGCUGAUCAACCAAAUUGGUUUAGUUUAUUAGAAGGUACACGCUGGUUACAUCAUAUGUCAGGUUUAAUGCGUGCUGCUAGUGUUUUAGCAUCUGCAAUUGAACGUGAAGGACGUCCUGUACUUGUACAUUGUAGUGAUGGCUGGGAUCGUACACCACAAAUUGUUGCACUUGGACAAUUGUUAUUGGACCCUUAUUAUCGAACUAUUGAGGGAUUUCGUGUAUUAUGUGAACGUGAAUGGUUAGAUUUUGGACAUAAAUUUGCGGAUCGUUGUGGACAUGCUGUUGGACAAGAUGAUCCUAAUGAACGUUGUCCAGUAUUUUUACAAUGGUUGGACUGCGUCCAUCAAUUGUUACAUCAAUUUCCAUGUAGUUUUGAAUUUUCUCAAACGUAUUUAGUAAAAUUAGCAAAACAUACGUAUUCAAAUUUGUUUGGAACAUUUCUAUGUAAUUCUCGACAGGAACGUGAGAAAAAUCAAAUUUAUACGAGUACAUUUGGUGUAUGGCCAUUUUUGACUGAUAUCAAUUUUAGGAAUCAUUUGUAUUCACCUGUUGUCAAUGAAAACGAACAGGUGCUAUGGCCAUCAUAUAAUAUACGUGAUUUACAUUUAUGGUCUGAAAUGUAUUUAGGUUCAUUAGAAAUAGAUACAUCAUUAGAAUCUGGUGGUGCUGCUAAUUCAAGUGUUAAAAAUCAAAGUGGUAGUAAUAGUAAUGGACAUGGACAACAGAAUGGACAUCAAAAUGGUGGCACACAUAAUACGGGUUUUGUAAAUAUACGUGAAAGUAGUGUCAGCAGUGAUAUUAGCAUUUCAAUGACUAAAACACGUUCAUUUAAUGAUUUACAAAAUAUGGCAGCUGAUAUCAUUUAUAAUACACCACGACGCUCAAGUGAUCCUAAUAUUUUAACUGAUAGCAUUAAAUUAGAAACAUUAUCAUUAUGUGAUGAUAAUUCAGAUGAUAAAACACCAGAUCUAGAAUCCGUCGAAGAUGAUACCGAAAUCAAUCAUACACAUGUGGAAGAACAUGAUGAAACUGGUUCCGUAUUAAACAAUCAUCAUGAAAUUUUAAAUAAUAUCGUUAAUGGUGAUGAAAAACUAAAUGUAAAACAAAUAAAUCAUGACGAUGACGAAAAGCCAAAUCUUGAAAAUCGACAUGAAAUAAAUUUUUUAAGUAAUGGAAUUAAUAAAAAUUAUUCAACGACCGCACAUGAUUUAAUUGAAUUCACGAACAUGACGCCGAUGGUUGAUGUUAUUGAUGGUAGAAGACAAUCAUUCAAAGAAUCAUCUUCAUCGUCAUCUGUGAUAACAAAUGGUUUAGUUAAUGGGACAACAUCCUCAGCAGCUGUGGAUACAUCAACAGAAACAAUCAUACCAGAUCAAUAUUUUAAUGGAACGCAACCCACGACGAACAUAACUACAGGAUCCGAGCCAAAUAAUGAUGAAACAAUACGUAAUUCACCAAGUGCGCUUGGUGAUGGUGUAACUACAACGUCGUGUAAAGUAUGUUCACAACGUAGACGAUAUAUUGCUGAUAAAUAUGCUCGCAAAAAGAAAUCAACAAUGAAUAAUGGUCGUUAUUCAUCGAUUUCAUCACCAUCACAUACAUGUACCCCUCCGUUACCACCUGGGGUGGCUGGACCAACACCACCUAUUUCACAAACAAAUAAUAAACAUUGUGAUUUAGAUGGUUUAACACCCUUACAAAGCAGUAUUCAAAAUCGAUUACGACAGAUUGUUAGUGAUCAUAAGGCAAAAGAAGACGCCCUAGAAAGGGAAUUACAUACGACACGAAUGGCGUUAAUUCAACAAGUAUGUCAUCACUGUACCAAUGACGGGUCUGAUGCACAUGACGAAACCUGUUCGGUAGGUGGAUCAGUGUGUUCGACUGGCGAAGGUCGUAUGUCGGCAAACGAAUCAUUACCUUCCGAUAUAUCAUGGGAAACACUCGAUGAACCCUCUCAUCUACCAGAUUCUAUUAUUUCAGCACCAACAUUAUGGGUACCAGAUCAUGCUGUGUCGCGAUGUACUGGAUGUCAAACAGAAUUUUGGUUAGGACGACGGAAACACCAUUGCAGGAAUUGUGGACGAAUAUUUUGUGCAGAUUGUUCAGAAAAUAGUGCCCCAUUACCAAAUGAACAACUGUAUAAUCCAGUACGGGUAUGCACAACAUGUUACAACCAAUUAAAUCUCGGUGCCAAUAAUAAUUUAGCUCUUCUAAAUGCUUCUUCUUCAUCCAAUAUGACUUGUGACUCAAAUAAUAUUGAUCAAAUUAAUCAAACAAAUUCUGGAUCAUAUGUUGGCGCACUUUAAAGUAUUAAUUCUCUCAUUCUCAUGCAGUUUUUUUGAGUUUUUUUUUUAUUAGACUGCUUCUAGUUAUACACAAACUGAGAUGCAAGGCAGCUGCAGUUUUUGCAGUGGGAUUACGCUCGCAAAUGAAAUUUUUUAAACUGAUAUCAAUUUCCAUUAAAACUUCGAUAUCGAGCAGUGUUUUUUUAUAUUAUUUUUAAUGCCAAAAAGUUGUAUGUGUUCGAAUUUCGUCCGUUGUAAAUAACAAACUAAUCUUUUAAUUAAACCAUGAAAAAUCAGGUAAAUACGAACAGUGAUACUCGAUAUUAUGGAGGGGAAAUUUUAUAAAGACUGAAUUGUGAAAUCAGAGUUUUUGAGAUAAAUUCUCUGUGUGUGAUUUUUUGAUUUAGCAUUUAUUCUCCAGUUGGAGAAAGGGAAAGUUUAAAGAUUUUCUUUAGUGCAAUAUAAAAUGGAAAUUGAUUAAUCAAAUUGACGUAUAUAAUAAAUAUGCUUAAAAAGCACGAUAUUAGGAAUUUUUGAGAAGAACAAUGUGAUUAGAGUUCUGUAAAUAUGAUUGAGAUAAAAAUCCUCCUUCUAUAAAUUUUUAACGGAUCCAAUUCGCACGAAAUAAGUAACUAGGAGUGUCAAUUUUGAUGCCGGAAUCAAUAACAAGUCAGAAAAGAACAUAAAUAAAUCCAAAUUUUUAUUCGUUGGAUGUGAUUUUUUCGAUUUUGGUUCGUUUUUUACUUGUUGUUAUGUUCUAUGAAUGUGAACUCAAAAUUUACGUGGUCUAGCAUGAAAUUUAGUUAUUUUGGAAGAAACCGAAUCCCGUCUCAUGAUCAAAUUAUCCACCUAAACCGAAAGAGUGGACUCGAGAUUUAGAGGUUAUGUGUUAAUGUAUUUGGAAGAAUUUGGUGUUAAAAGAGGGUAGAGAUAAGGAGGACCAUCUUUGUAUAUAAAAAGUGUCCAUCGAAAAGCAGCAAAUUAGUGGCUCCACGAUAGCAUGUGAUAUAAUUGCUGAGAAGUACGAUAAAGACCUAAACAAGUUGAUCAAGAAGUUCACAACUCCUUUUAGCUACACAAGCGCUAUUUUGGUGAGUUUUCAAUUUGUCCCCCAUACAAGAUGGUUCUUAUUUCUGCUCUCCAGAGUCAGAUGGAAACAUUCAAUAUUUCUCUUUUGGCUUAUACAAGUGCAAAAAUAUGACUAAAGUUUUAACUAUCCUCUAUUCGCGGCUUACUUCUCCGUUAUCCUUAAAUUGUAAAGAUGAUAGUUCAACCGUUUUGUGCCCUGUCAAAAAACCCAAUAUCUUCUUCAACUAUAUCCUAAUCAGUUUGAACCGAACAGUUUAAUCGUUUGACUGUGGUUAUAUAUAACUCGCGUACUUUCAAUUAUCAAGGAGGAUUUGGCGUAGCAACUUCUCUUAAUGAAUCCUUUUUUAAUCUGACUAAAUAUUCUUUGUUAAAUCAAUCCCUCACAGAGCUUUAAUCACAUAAAGAACUAUUUUUUUUAAAUUAACUAAAC